UGAAGCUAUCUUGAACUAAAAAUGAAACAGAAUCCACUCCAUCCUGUUUUCUCACCCUAGUAACUAUGUCUCCUCCUUUCGCCUCUUCAACUUUCUCUCUCUCUCCCUAGUUGCAUGUUUUCCCAUGUUCAAUAAUAAUAAUAAUUCUCACUAAUCUCAACCUUGUUCAGUAUUCAAUUUGAUUAAUGACACCAAGAUCCAAGCACAAAGUUUGUGUCUUUUUUCAUUUAUUUUUUUUUCUGCCUUUUGAGUGGAACAAAGUUUGAGUCUUUUUUCGGAAAUUUAUAUGCUCUGUGACAUUAACUGCACUUUCUUCCUUGUGGGGUUUCUUCUGUGCAGAUUAAAACUUGGGAGUGUGUGAUUAUUAUUCCAAAAUGACCCCACCCCACACUUAGUGUUAUGAUAACUUGGAACCUUUUGCACGCAAGAAUAAGCUGUACACACGCAAGAAUAGCGCUAUUAUUAUUUCUUCAUUUUUUGUUGUUGUGGGUCAAAGAAGUAGCACCUGGAAGCCCUGAAUAUUCAGCCUGUGAUAUGGGGUACCUCAAUUCAGUUUUGUCCUCUUCAAGCCAGGUUCAUGCUGCAGAAGAUUCACCUGUCAGUGGAGGGGGCCUCAGUCAGAAUGGAAAAUUCAGCUAUGGGUAUGCUAGCUCCCCUGGCAAGAGAUCUUCAAUGGAAGAUUUUUAUGAGACAAAAAUUGAUGGUGUUGAUGGUGAAAUUGUUGGCCUUUUUGGAGUUUUUGAUGGCCAUGGUGGUGCUCGUGCUGCUGAGUAUGUCAAGCAAAACCUAUUUAGCAAUUUGAUCAGUCAUCCAAAAUUCAUUUCUGACACCAAAUCUGCAAUAGCUGAUGCAUAUAACCAUACCGACUCUGAAUUUCUGAAAUCUGAAAAUAAUCAAAACAGAGAUGCUGGAUCAACUGCUUCCACUGCCAUUCUUGUUGGCGACCGUUUGCUUGUUGCAAAUGUUGGGGACUCCAGAGCUGUUAUAUGCAGGGGUGGAAAUGCCAUUGCUGUUUCUCGGGAUCACAAGCCAGAUCAAACUGAUGAGAGGCGAAGGAUUGAAGAUGCAGGUGGCUUUGUUAUGUGGGCUGGAACUUGGAGAGUUGGUGGAGUUCUUGCUGUUUCACGUGCAUUUGGUGAUAGACUCCUGAAGCAGUAUGUUGUUGCUGAUCCAGAAAUCCAGGAAGAAAAGGUUGAUAGCUCUCUUGAGUUUCUUAUAUUGGCUAGUGAUGGGCUAUGGGAUGUUGUCUCAAAUGAGGAAGCUGUUGCUAUGAUUAAACCAAUUGAGGAUGCCGAGGAGGCAGCAAAGAGGCUAAUGCAAGAAGCAUAUCAGCGAGGUAGUUCUGACAACAUUACGUGCGUUGUCGUUCGUUUUUUGUCAAACCAAGGUGCAUCUUCUCAUAGUAACUCUGGCUAAGUGUCCUUCACUCGAAGGCUAGUGUAUAUCUGGUGAUGGAUAAAAAAAAGACGGGAUGUGGCAAAAUCAGUUUAUUAUAGUAGGUCAUAGGCAUUCCUUGUAGCUAUGUACCAUGCAAGAAUAGAAAUCAAAUUUGAACUCACUAUGGCCCUCUAGCAUAGAGCUAUUCACACCAUCCCCACAUCCAUAAUUGAGUCCUACUUGUAGCUACGAAAAAUAGUUGUGCAAAGAGUUUACAAUGUUUUAAUUAUUUCACACACAUGCUAUUUGUACAUGUGGUGUUGAUCUUAUUAAUCCCCUCACUCCAAAACAAAAUUCUCGUGUGCUUGGUUGAAGUUAAGUUCCCCCUUUCAUUGUCAAUCUGGUUUUACAGUGUUAGUCCCGUCCCAUGUAACAGUUUGUUCUACUUUAAUUAUGGCUUUUAUCAAGUGUAUAAUAAUAUAAAUCUAAUAAGAAACAAUGUGCUUUCUCUUUC